UACAACUCGUUUGGAUCAUUUCGCUGCAAGCCGUCGACGAGUAAGCAACCCAGCGACCUACUUAAAUUAACUAAAUAAUAGUAUAACCAGAAUUCACCCAAUGGCGUUCCUCAACAAGCUUGCUGCGCCUGCCCUCCGCCAGUUGGUGGCCCAGAGCCGUGCCUAUGCCGCCGUCUCCCAGGUGUCGCCCAAUGGAACCUCCUUCGCCCUCACCGAGGAGCAGCAGCAGCUGCAGGAGCUGGCUCGCAAGUUCACCCGGGAAGAGAUCAUCCCGGUAGCCGCCCAGUACGACAAGACCGGCGAGUACCCGUGGCCCAUCAUCAAGAAGGCCUGGGAGCUGGGUCUGAUGAACAACCACAUUCCCGCCGACCUCGGUGGCAUGGAUCUUGAUGUCUUCACCACCUGCCUCACUGCUGAAGAGCUGGCCUACGGCUGCACCGGCAUCAUGACCGCCCUGGAGGCCAGUGGUCUUGGUCAAACACCUGUGAUCCUGUCCGGAAACGCGGAGCAGAAGAAGAAGUACCUGGGACGUCUGCUGGAGGAGCCGCUGGUGGCUGCCUAUGGUGUGACAGAACCAGGAGCAGGAUCUGAUGUCGCUGGCAUCAAGACCCGCGCCGAGAAGAAGGGCGACGAGUACAUCAUCAACGGCCAGAAGAUGUGGAUCACCAACGGUGGCGUGGCCAACUGGUACUUCGUGCUGGCCCGCACCAAUCCCGACCCCAAGUGCCCGCCCAGCAAGGCCUUCACCGGUUUCAUUGUGGAGCGGGAUACCCCCGGACUGACCCCCGGUCGCAAGGAGAUGAACAUGGGACAGCGCGCCUCCGACACUCGUGGCAUCACCUUCGAGGAUGUCCGCGUGCCCAAGGAGAAUGUGCUGAUUGGCGAGGGAGCUGGCUUCAAGAUCGCCAUGGGCACCUUCGACAAGACCCGCCCUCCAGUGGCCGCCGGCGCCGUGGGUCUGGCCCAGCGCUGCCUGGACGAGGCUCUGAAAUACUCCCUGGAACGCAAGACCUUCGGAGUGCCAAUCGCCUACCACCAGGCUGUCCAGUUCAUGCUGGCCGAUAUGGCCAUCGGCGUGGAGACCUCCCGUCUGGCGUGGCGCCUGUCCGCCUGGGAAAUCGACCAGGGACGCCGCAACAGCUACUACGCCUCCAUUGCCAAGUGCCAUGCCGCCGAUGUGGCCAACAAGAUUGCCUCCGAUGCCGUCCAAAUCUUCGGCGGCAACGGUUUCAACAGCGAAUACCCCGUUGAGAAGCUGAUGCGCGAUGCCAAGAUCUACCAAAUCUACGAAGGCACCUCACAGAUCCAGCGUCUCAUCAUCUCCCGCAACAUGUACGAGGCCGCCAAGGGAGGCAGCUCCUAGAGCAAUCCCACUUAGGCUAGCUCAUCACCGAUCACCUCACACAUUCACAAGUCCGAUAAAUAAAGUAAAAUAAGUAAAAUAAUUAAAAGAAA